AUGAGGUGGACCCCACCGAAACAUGUCCUCUUCAAGUCGCCGCGUGCGGUGCUUCCACUCCACCCAAACCCCUCGAGCGAGGUGGCACAGGCCGGACGGACGGCAGUUCUUCACUUCUCCGCCCGUUUGCCGCGGAAGAUCACACGAAAGGUACGGACGAUCAAAAGAAGGGUCCCCAAAGGCACGAUCGCAGCCCGGAAGGCUGCGGCGGAGGCGGCUUUGGCUGCCACUAGAGCGUUACAGCCUGGGAAGGGACACGCUCCGGACAAUUCCUCUCGAAAUGCUGCCACGGUGGAUGAAGUGGUGCAGAAGGAGCAGAGUUUUGGGGGAAACACAAUUGAAAAACCGGGCACUGCUGUGUGUGAAACACUACUGGGUAAGGGGACGGCUGUGUGUGAAACACUAUUGGGUAAGGGGACGGUGCGGGGAGGAACACUAGCCAGUGGGCCGGCAACGGAUAUUGGUGGUGAGCAUGAGGUGAAGAAAUUGGGGAGCAGGGGUGAGGAUAGGGCUGAGGUGGUAAUGUCGGAGCGGCAGAGGAGGAUGAUGACGGAGGUGUUUGUCGGUGGGCUCAGUAGGGACACAAAGGAGGAGGACGUGAGGGCAGCUCUUUCAGUGGCGGGGGAUAUCACGGAAGUUCGUAUGAUCUUGGAUGCAACGAUGAAGAAGAACAAAGGCUACUGCUUUGUGCGCUACUGUGAGUCUGCGCAGGCAAGGAAGGCCAUUGCAAAGUUCAGCAACGUUAAGAUUUGUGGAAAGCAGUGUCGAGUUGCAGCUCUGGGUGGGAAUGAUAAAAUCUUUCUUGGGAACCUUGAUAAGAAAUGGAAGAAAGACGAUAUCAUGAAACUACUACAGAAAAUUGGAGUUGAGAACAUUGAUGUCGUUACCCUUCCGGCUGACUCUAAUAAUCCAGGCUAUAAUCGUGGAUUUGCAUUUCUUGAACUGGAGACUUAUAAAGAUGCACAGAUUGCAUACAAAAAGCUUUCAAGGAAAGAUGUUUUUGGCAAGGGUUUACAUAUAAGAGUUGCAUGGGCCGAACCAUUGAAUGGUCCAGAUGAAAAACAGAUCCACAAGUCCUUUUUCACUGGCCCUGUCACAGUUGAACAUCAUAGUUGGCUGUGCUUUCAGUGGCUAGUCACAAAUUCCCAAAGAGUUGUUAAUAUUAGAGUCACUCUUGCUCAAUCUAUCCAAAAGGGCAAGAAGAUUAUGGAAGAUCAUAAAUUUUGUAUUAGUGAGAAAGAUAAAACAAAGACUGCUCAAAGUGAAAGAAUACUUGGGCCGUCUUCACUGCAUAUAUUGCCUUCCAGUUCCAGGGCGAUUCCACCCACAGGGGAUAAGAAGUCAUCAACAGAUCAUGGCUUGGUUCAGGUUCUGAGGGAGAUGGUUCCCUGGAGACAUGAACAUACUGGUUCAGAUUCAGAUUCUGUACUAUCAGAAGAACCAUGGGGUGGGAUUCAGGGCACAGGGUGGUCGGUGGACCACCCAGACCACCCACUGGAUCUGCCACUGGCUAAGAAGCUUGUUGCGGAGUUCGGCAAAUUGAAGAUCUGUUGGAAGCUUUGUCAAGUUGAAGCCCUGGAUGGGAAUGAUAAAAUUGUUCUUGAAAAUAUUGACAAGAAAUGGAAGAAAGAAGAUAUCAUGAAGCUACUACACAAAAGUGGAGUUGAGAACAUUGAUACAGUAACACUCAUGGCUGACUGUGACAACCCAGGCUAUAACUGUGGGUAUGCAUUUCUUGAACUUGAGACUGAAAGAGAUACAUGGAUGGCAUACAUAAAGCUUUCAAGGAAAGGUGUCUAA